CCUACUUUUAAUUUUCCCAUUUCUAAGAUGCUUUAGGUAUUUUAAUAACCACUCAGACAAAGCUGUGUUAACUAAAUACCGAUCGAUCAAGAGAUCAAAUACCGCAAAUGAAGCUGGAUUAGAGAAAGAACACGUGGUGAAUUGCACUAUUUUACCGACAGGUAGUAACUACACUUGUUUUUACAUCAACUUGGUCAACUAAGAUCAUAAUCGGAAAGAAAUAUGCUCACUUUAUGGAAUUUAUUUGAAGCAACAUUGUUAUGUCUCAACGCAGUAUGUGUAUUACACGAAGAAAGAUUCAUGCAGAAAAUUGGCUGGGGAGCAAAUACCCAAACCCAGGGCUUUGAAGAUCAAUCUUCGAUGAAAUUCCAAAUUCUUAACUUGGUGAGGUCAAUUAGAACAGUUACAAAGAUUCCUCUCAUCAUACUCAAUAUCCUGACAAUAAUGUUCAAACUGUUACUGGGAUAAUGAACAUUGAUAUAGAAAUAUCAAUAGAAAAUAUAAAAAUCUUAAUAGUGUUAUUAUAAGAUAUUUUAAUUUUGUAAAUCAAAUAAAAGUUAAAUUUGUA